GGAGCUUCCUGCGCCAUACCAGUUUACCGCCACGGUCCGGAGCGGCGCGCGGGAGCACACCGACCGAACUACGGCGUUUAGCGUGCAGUAAAACCGACAGCGGGACGCGGGGUGUGUGAGAUACGGAGUUGGGGUGGUUGUAGGAUCAUAUAUUUGUUUCAGGUUAGAGGAGAGCGGGAGCGGAGCGGGGACGGAGACCUGCGGACACACCGUCAGCUGAACACGGGCUCGGGUUAAACACAGGCCGCGGUAACACGCAGAUCAUUGGCAUCAUGGCUGACGACUUUGACAUUGAAGCAAUGCUUGAGGCACCAUUUAAAAAGACAUGCCUAUAUCUCACCUCUACUCCCAUGAAUUCCAGUGUGAACUGUCAAAAAAAUGAAGGAUGAGACCAAGUCCGUAAAUUCCAAUGGCCAUGAAGAGCGGAGCAAGAAGAAAAAGAAGAGCAGAAGUCGUAGCAGGAGUAGGGACCGAAAAAGAAGCAAGAGCCGGGAGCGCAAAAAGACCAGGAGCCGGGAGAGGAGUCGGGAGCGCAAGAGGAGCCGUAGCCGGGAAAAGAAGCGCAGCCGGAGCCGGGACCGGCGCCGCAGCCGCUCCAAAAGCAGGGAACGUGGAGGUCGUUUCCGCCCGACCUUUUCUGGCCUGAAAUUUAACGGUGGUUCCAGGGGGAAGACUGGCCCACCACCUGCCGUCAAACUAAGCCGUCGGCGAUCUAGAAGCCGCAGCCCUUUCAAAAGAGAGAAAAGUCCCAUUCGGCAACCCAUAGAUAACCUCACACCAGAGGAGAGAGAUGCACGCACAGUUUUUUGCAUGCAGCUUGCUGCCAGAAUUAGACCUCGGGACCUGGAAGAGUUCUUCUCUGCUGUGGGAAAAGUGAGAGAUGUGAGGAUGAUCUCAGACAGAAACUCCAGAAGAUCCAAAGGAAUUGCCUACAUUGAAUUUGUAGACUCCACAUCUGUGCCUCUGGCGAUUGGCCUCUCUGGACAAAGGCUGCUAGGAGUACCCAUCAUUGUUCAGGCUUCACAGGCUGAAAAGAACAGAGCGGCUGCGAUGGCCAACAAUCUGCAAAAAGGCAGUGCUGGACCUAUGAGGCUUUAUGUUGGAUCCCUUCACUUUAACAUUACAGAAGACAUGCUCAGAGGAAUAUUUGAACCUUUUGGACGGAUUGACAGCAUUCAGCUUAUGAUGGACACUGAAACAGGGAGAUCCAAAGGAUAUGGCUUUAUUACAUUUGCUGAUGCUGAAUGCGCUAAGAAAGCUUUGGAGCAGCUCAAUGGCUUUGAGCUGGCUGGUCGGCCAAUGAAAGUUGGUCAUGUGACAGAGCGCACCGAUGCCUCUACAGCAAGUUCAUUCUUGGAUAAUGAUGAGCUGGAGAGGACUGGCAUUGACCUUGGUACUACUGGAAGGCUGCAGCUCAUGGCCAGACUGGCAGAGGGUACUGGUCUGCAGAUCCCUCCAGCUGCACAGCAGGCUCUUCAGAUGAGCGGCUCCAUGGUUGCAAUGGCUGCAGCUACAGCGGCCAUGAAUCCUGGAUUAAGUUUUAAUCUCAACAUGCCCCCAAAUCAAGCUUUAAAUCUACCAUCUCAGCCAAUCGCCACGCACUGCUUUCAGCUCUCAAACAUGUUUGACCCACACUCAGAGAACGAUCCUGGAUGGGAUAUCGAAAUCCAGGAUGAUGUAAUUGAAGAAUGUAACAAACAUGGCGGUGUCAUUCAUAUAUAUGUAGACAAGAAAUCUGCAGAGGGGAAUGUAUAUGUGAAGUGUCCGACAAUCCCUGCUGCAAUGGCAGCGGUUAGUGCAUUACAUGGCCGUUGGUUUGGAGGUAAAAUGAUCAAAGCUGCAUACGUCCCUCUGCCAACAUACCACAAUCUCUUCCCUGAGUCGGUGCAAGCAACACAACUCCUCAUGCCAAUUCGCCGGUGAUCCUUUCCCUCAUCCCUGGAGCUAUUUUUAUUUUCAGCCUUUCUCUUUUUAACUCUUUGGGUAAAAUAUUCAUAUUCCAGUCCUGCAAGCUAUGACAGUUUCUUUUCGAACUGGAGUUCAAGAGGUUUAAGUUUCAUCUUAAUGUGCCCAUAUGUUUUUUGGGCAUCAGAGAAAGGAGUUGUGGUUGGUUUGUUUGUACAGUUUUUUUUUUUGUUUGUUUUUGGGGGGUUGGUCGGGGUUCAGAGGGGGCUUUUGAACUUUGUUGAUACAGGUUUCAAAUUUUGUUUUCCUCAACAUAUAUUGUCUUUGUGAUUGAUCAAUCAUUGUGGUGAUUGAUUGGCAUGAGUUCCACUUAAGGAAAUGUACAGUUAGCCUCUCAAAACUAAAAUGUUGAGUCUUUUUGAAUGAAUUGAAAAUCCUGCAGAUUGGCUAAAUAUCUACAAAAUCUGUGUUUUGGGCUCUGUGAGCUGUGGGAACUAAGUAGGUGAUGAGAGCCUGUAUGUUCGUAGAGACUGGUUUCAAAGCAUCUUGUUUUUCUAAUGCAGAUUUGAUUUUGUAAAGUCCUUGAAAAGUUCAUUUCAAAUAAAGCCAUGAUGCUGAAAAAAG